CCUAGACUUAUUACCAGAUAAUGUGCAUCCAAUCAAGCAAGACCAUUAAGUAGGAAAGUUUUGAAUGGAUAUCCUACUAAGCAAAGUGGGUUCACCACCUUUAUUUAUAUAUUUGCUAUUCUUUCAUCCAUUUCUCACUUGGAAGACUCUGUUUCUGCUUUACUUUUAUAAAAGCUCAUAUAUGUUCUCACAAUUUUGUGUCAACCCUUAGCAUUGUCUGACUAGCCAAAUAAAUUUUCUUUCAAUAACCUGUCCUUCUAAUGGAAGCCAAAGAUGACUACACCAAGGAUGGUACUGUUGAUCUUCGUGGACAGCCUGUUCUUGCUUCCAAAACUGGCAAAUGGAAAGCCUGCUCUUUUCUUGUUGGGUACGAAGCAUUUGAGAGAAUGGCCUUUUAUGGAAUAGCUUCCAACCUAGUGGUGUAUUUGACCACUCAACUCCAUGAAGACACAGUUUCAUCUGUGACAAAUGUCAACAACUGGUCAGGUGCUGUUUGGAUGACGCCUAUCAUUGGUGCUUACAUUGCAGAUUCUUACUUGGGUCGGUUCUGGACCUUCACAUUGUCAUCUCUUAUCUAUGUCGUGGGUAUGGUGCUUCUGACAAUGGCAGUGUCCAUAAAAUUCUUAAAGCCAACAUGCAGUAAUGGAAUCUGCAACAAGGCCACUUCUUCUCAGACAUCAUUCUUUUAUGCAGCUCUGUACAUCAUUGCUAUUGGUGCUGGUGGUACCAAACCAAAUAUCUCCACAUUUGGUGCUGACCAGUUCGAUGACUUCAACCCUCAUGAGAAGAAGCUCAAGAUCUCUUUCUUCAACUGGUGGAUGUUCAGUGCCUUUAUUGGUGGCCUCUUAGCCACACUAGGCCUUGUCUAUAUUCAGGAGAAUCUGGGAUGGGCCUUAGGCUACGGAAUCCCCACUGUGGGUCUCCUUUUAUCACUUUUUGUCUUCUACUUGGGUACUCCUCGUUACAGGCACAAGUUCAGGAAAUGCAAGAGCCCUGCCAGAUCCCUGCUCCGGGUCCCAGCUGCUGCAUUCGCUAACCGCAAACUUGACUUACCCCAAGACCCCUCCAAGCUUCAUGAGCUCGAUGUUCAACAUUAUAUUACCACUGGGGAACGCCAAGUUCAUCAUACUCCCGUAUUUAGGUUUUUGGACAAGGCAGCAAUCAAAGACACGAGAAGAAUCCCAUGCACAGUAACCCAAGUGGAAGCGGCAAAGCUAGUCCUGGGAAUGUCAAUGAUAUGGCUAGUAACCUUAAUCCCCAGCACCAUAUGGGCCCAAAUCAACACCCUCUUCGUAAAACAAGGCACCACUCUGGACCGUCGUCUCAGCUCCAACUUCCAAAUACCAGCAGCCUCACUUAGCAGCUUCGUGAUCAUCUCCAUGUUAAUCUCAGUCCCCAUUUACGACCGUUACUUCGUCCCAUUCAUGAGCCGCAAGACAGGGAACCCACACGGGAUCACCCUCCUGCAGCGUCUGGGCAUCGGCUUCGUCCUCCAAAUCGCUGCCAUUGCGGCAGCAUACGCAGUGGAGGUGAGGAGAAUGCGGGUGAUAAGGACGAACGGGAUAGUAGGUCCUACAGAGGAGGUGCCCAUGAGCAUAUUCUGGUUGAUGCCACAAUACGUUCUGUUGGGAGUGGGAGAUGUGUUCAAUGCGAUCGGUCUGAUGGAAUUCUUUUACUACCAGUCACCGGAGGAUAUGCAGAGCAUAGGAACGACGUUUUUCACUAGUGGAAUUGGAGUGGGGAACUUCUUGAAUAGCUUGUUGGUGAUAAUGGUGGAUAAGGUGACUGGAAGAGGCGGUGGAGGGAAGAGUUGGAUUGGGAAGAAUCUGAAUGAUUCUCACUUGGAUUACUAUUAUGGGUUUUUGUUGGUUAUAUCUUCACUUAACAUAUGUGCAUUUGUGUGGGCGUCAAGCAAGUAUGUUUAUAAGAGAGAAUCGACAUUGGGUAUUGGAUUUGAGAGGAUGAUGAUGGAACAAGGCAGUUCCAGUUCUAGUUCGGCCAUGGAUACAUCUAAGCUAGAUCUACAAGUAUGAUUUCUCUUCUAAUAUGGCUACUGUAAUUCAUGUAUAGCCGAUGCUAUUUGGAUUGGAUUGGAUUGGUGCAUAAUAUAUAAUAAGACUAUAACUCUAGUUGCAC